CUUAUAAACCAGAUAGAUGUUCCAUUAUCAGCAAGUUAUAUAUGGGAUGUUUACAGUUCUUCAGAUCUCCCUAAGCUCAUCGUUAAGUUACUUCCCAAAGUGUUCGACCGGAUCGAUUACAUAAGCGGAAAUGGUAGUGUCGGCACCAUCGUUAGCGUUGUUUUAACCCCUGGGUCAACGCCACAAAUGUACAAAGAGAUCUACCGGACAAUAGAUCACGUUCGUCUUGUAAAGGAGGUACAACAAAUUUCAGGAGGGUACCUAGCUAUGGGUGUGACAUAUUACAUGGAUAAGGUCGAAGUCAUUCCUACCGAUCCCUACUCAUGUAUCAUCAGAUCCACAACGGAAUAUGAAGUUCCGUAUCAUCUUGCUUAUAAAGUCAACUCACUAAUUAUUAAGGGUCUUGUUCCGGUGGCUAAAGCCAUUGCAAAGUAUGUUCUGGAAUUUGGAGAUAUUCAUAGAGGUGUGCAGUCAGAGGACGGAGUAGUUGCAGCAGAUGACGGACGUUGCUCCGAUAUUGGGCGCAACAUGUUGAUAAGAGGGGGUCAUGCGGUUGAUGCAGCAGUUGCAACAUGCUUAUGUUUGGGCGUUGUCUAUCCAAUGUCAAGUGGAAUAGGAGGUGGUGCCUUCAUGGUGGUUCUAAAUUCAUCAAAUUCAAAAGCCCAAGCUUUUAAUUCAAGAGAGACGGCACCUAAACUUGCAUCUAAGGAUAUGUAUGAAAAGAACAUAACAUGGAAGUCCAAAGGUGCGAGUUCAAUGGGUGUUCCGGGUGAAAUAGCUGGGCUUCAUGUAGCAUGGUCGAUAUAUGGGAAAUUGAACUGGAGUGAUCUUUUUCAACCUGCCAUUAAACUUGCAAGAGAUGGUUUUGUAGUCUCUCAUUUCCUCGGGCUGGGCAUUAAUAAGAGCAGAGAAAUGAUCGAGUCCGAUUCUAAUGGAUUACGUAGAGUGUUCAUGCCUAACGGGCGGUUGUUGCAAGCGGGAGAUACUAGCUAUAACAGAAAACUUGCGGACACUUUAGAGACACUAGCAAAGGAAGGACCUUCGGCAUUUUAUAACGGGGACCUAGGAAAGAAUUUUGUUAAGGAUGUGCAGGCUGCUCAAGGAAUUGUAACAGAGGAGGAUUUGAGGAACUACGUAGUUAAUAUAACUGAUGUUGUGACAACUAAUGUCAUGGGUUUCACCAUACUUGGGAUGCCUGUUCCUUCAACUGGUAUUCUUGGGAUUUCUAUGGUUCUAAACAUUUUAAGUGACUACGGGCCAAAAUUAGAAUUUAUCAAGACUCCAUUGGGUCUUCAUCGAUUAAUUGAAGCACUAAAGCAUAUGUUGGCGUAUCGAAUGAACCUCGGUGAUCCAUACUUUGUCGACAUAAAAAAAUACCAAGACAAUAUGCUUUGUCCAUCCUUUGCAGCAAAAAUUCGAGAAAAAAUAAAAGAUGAUACCACCUUACCCACCAAUGACUAUUUACCCCAAUGGGAACAACUAGAUGAUCAUGGAACCACUCAUUUUAGCAUCGUUGAUAAACACAGAAAUGUGGUAUCAAUGACGGCAACCAUUAAUCAUUAUUUCGGAGCUGGCGUACUCUCCCCUUCAACAGGUAUCAUUCUUAAUAAUCAGAUGGAUGAUUUCUCUGCUCCCAACGAUAAAUUCGAUAAAGAAGGCAAACGUAAAUUUCCUCCGGCACCAUCGAAUUAUAUCGAAGGAAACAAGAGACCCUUAUCUUCUAUGAGCCCUCUAAUUAUUCUCAAGGAGGAUCAACUAGUCGGAGUUCUCGGAGCUAGCGGUGGGAUUAACAUAAUCCCCGCAGUUAUUCAAGUGUUGUUGAACCACUUUAUCAAUAAGAUGGAUCCUUUGUCCGCUGUUAAACAACCGAGGGUUUACCAUAAGGUAGUACCAAAUGAGGUGUUGUAUGAGAACUGGACAGUGGUUACUGGUGAACACAUACAACUUUCACAAGAUAACAUCUCAAUUUUGAGAGGGAAAAAACAUAAUUUGACACAAACGGCAGUCGGAGCAAUUUGUCAAUUUGUUGUGCAAAAGGAAGGAAUACUUACUGCAGUUAGUGAUCCAAGAAAAGGUGGAAGGCCUGCUGCGGUUGUACCUGAAUCUAGUCAUCCGUAUUUUAUGUAAAGGCAAUUGGUCAAUAUUUUGAUUGUUAUGCUAGUUUGAGGUCGUAGUAGUGUUUCAAUAAAUUUCCGAUUUGAUUAGGAUUAUGGUCUGUCGGGUGAUCUCCGUAGAUUUUAAUGGCCAAACUACCCUUUCCUUCAAGGUUAUACAGAUGCUGAUAUAGCAAAUUCUAUUCACAAAAUUGGUUAAAAAGAUCAAAAUCAACAAUUCCUGGAUGAAAAGGACAUUUAGAUUUUGAU